GUUCAGAUGACGCACUGAGCCUCAGUAAAGAUGUCUCCUUUCCCGGACGAGGUGGACGUGUUUACCGGCCCUCACUGGCGGAUGAAGCAGCUGGUGGGCCUGUACUGCGAUAAGCUGUCCAAAACCAACUUCUCCAACAACAAUGACUUCCGCUCGUUUCUGCAGUCCCUGUGCGCCACCUUUAAAGAGUUUAAGAUGCACGAGCAGAUUGAGAACGAGUACAUCAUCGGCCUGCUGCAGGAGCGCUGCUGCACCGUGUACAACGUGCACUCUGACAACAAGCUCUCAGAGAUGCUGUCCCUCUUUGAAAAAGGCUUGCGCAACGUAAAGAGUGAAUAUGAGCAGCUGAACUACGCUCGGCAGCUGAAGGAGAGGCUGGAAGCGUUCACACAGGACUUCCUGCCCCACAUGAAGGAGGAAGAAGAGGUGUUCCAGCCGAUGCUGAUGCAGUACUUCACGUACGAGGAGCUGAAGGACAUCAAGAAGCAGGUGAUCGCUCAGCACUGCAGCCAGCACCAGGGCCGAGCGGCUGACCUGCUGAAGGGUUUCAGUCUGUGGAGUCAGGCCGAGGAGCUGCAGAAGGCCUUCAAAUACGCCGACCACGAGAAGAGCGACUAUGAACUGGAGAAGAAGAGGAACCCCUCGACCCACAUCGCUCAGCUUCCUGCAGAGAUCCUGCUGAGGCUCUUCCACUUCCUGAGUCCUGCAGACCUCUGCCGCUGCAGCCAGGUGUGCGGCUCCUGGUCCGAACUCGCCAAGACCGGCUCCCUGUGGAGACACCUGUACCCCGUGCACUGGGCCAGAGGAGACUACUAUAGCGGCCCCCCCGGGGACCUGGACCAGGAGCCGGAUGAGGAGUGGGUGAGGAGUCGGCAGAAGGAGGGUCGGGCUUACCAGGAGUGGGACGAGGACGCUGACGUGGAUGAGUCCGAGUCCCUCAGCUCUCGAGGCUGCCUGGCCUUCACCGCGGCUCAGAGAGAGAAGAGUCUUCUGAACGGGAUCAUCCAGAGCCUCCUGCCCGCUGUGGGUCCGUCUGUCCGGUCCAUGGUUCUGGCCUACAGCUCCACCGUCUCCAGUAAAAUGGUGCGUCAGAUCCUCAGUUUCUGCCCCAACAUCUCCCACCUGGACCUGACCCAGACAGCCGUGACGGACUCUGCCUUCGACAGCUGGUCCUCCCCGGGCUCCUGCCCCCCCCUGCAGCACCUGGACCUGUCGGGCUGUGAGCAGAUCACUGACGGCUGCCUGAAGAGGCUGUCGGGGGGGCUUGGAGACCCCGACCGACGCUCAGAGCGACGAGCCAAGCUCCUUCUGAGCCCCCCCACCCCCGUCACCCUGGAGGAGAGGAGCCUGCACCCAGAAGGGGGCAGGAAGAGGCAGGCCCUCAUCUUUAAGCGGGGGGGCCGCAGAAUCCCCCCCUCCCAGGUGUGGCUGCUGGACCCCUCCGAGCUGGCCGACAUCGAGGACGCCGCAGAGUGGAGCCGUCGGGGGGGACUGUCCCUCCCUGAGAGCUUUGUGGAGGCGCAGCUGGGGGGGGGCUGCUGCUGCAGCAGGAGGAGCUCUAACACCCCCCUACUGCUACAGCAGCUCUCUGAGGCUUUCUGUGGUCACUCCACCUGCUGCUCUGACCCCACCCUCAGGACUUUCUCUGGGUCUGCAGAGUUUCGGACUAAAUGCUUCUCCUCGGGGGGCCCGCAAUGCCCCAGGGGGGGGCAAAGGAUGGAGACCAGGCGCUCCCUGAAGUUCCUCAGCCUCUCCGGGUGUUACAAGGUCACAGAUCUGGGUUUGAGGGCCGUAUCUCAGCGGGGGGGGCUGCCCUCCCUGGAGCACCUGAACCUGUCGGGCUGCCCUCUGAUCACCGAGGUGGGGCUGCAGGAGCUGGUGUCCGUCUGCCCCUCCCUCAACGACGAGCACUUCUACUACUGCGACAACAUCGACGGGCCUCAUGGGGACACGGCCAGCGGCUGUCAGAACCUGCAGUGCGGCUUCAGAGUUUGCUGCCGCUCUGGAGAGUGAAAACACACACACACACACACACACACACACACACACACACACACACACACACACACACACACACACACACACACACACACACACACACACACACACACACACACACACACACACACACACACACACACACACACACACACACACACACACACACACACACACACACACACACACACCUUCUCAUUGCACUUUAUCCCCCCCAGCCGCCACUCCAUCAGGCUCCUGGACCAGACUAAAACACAUGCUGUCCUUUCCAUCGCCUCUAACUGGGAGGAACCUCUGAUGGUUUGAAGUGUCUGAAGAUGUAAAUACUGGUUCCUUAUUUUCUUUUUUUGGGUUUAGAAAAAGUAAAAACCUAGAGGAGCGUAAGCAAGGUUUUGUUUUCUGUAGUGAGACCAUGUUUGUUUCUGUUUACUGGUGACUAUACUCUGCUGGUUAUAAUCAGAGCUGAACCACUGAAACGUCUCCUGAUUAUUAAUAUAGAAUCAUUCUCAAAGGACUAUAAACACAGGACUGAGAGUGCUUAUUGACGAAACACAAAUUAAAUAUGAUAAUUGAUGUAAACUCUCUUAAAUCUGGGUUUUGCUGCUUUUCUGUGCAUAGCAUUAAAGUGAAUAUAUCUGGACAUUUAAACACGGCACCUCGGACUCAAGACACUGGGAGGGACAUGAUGUAAUAUUUCCUGCAGUCCUGUUUAGAGUCAGCAACAAUUAAACACGUUUCCUGGAGAGGGAAACCUGUGGGUUCUGGUGUGUUAACCAAUGAAAUAACACCUGCUGCACCUUAAUGAAACCACAUGUUGAUCACCUGGCUUUGUUUGUAUUUAUGCACUCCGAUGUGAGGGAUAACAAGACCAAUGUUCAUAUGAGGGAUUUAAAAACAAGUGGAGAUAACAAUCCAUGUCUGUUCCAAAGUCUGGCGUGAGGAGUUCUGGAAAUGUUCAUAAACACAUCAAUAAAAGUCUUUGGGUUCAAAAAUA